UUUAUGACUUAUAAGUAUUAACCAAGCGUGUACACAUUUUGAAGCAUUACGCUAGUCUAAACUCGCACUGAGGUCUCUGGCCAUUCGUUAUUUUUAGCCGUUUUACUGAUUUGAUACCCCCCAAUCGUGUGACCGGGGUGACCUUCAGCUACAGAGGGAGCCGUUCUCAGGGAAAUUCUCGACAUGGACUCCAGGAUCCUCUUCCUUGCCGCUGCCAUAUUGGGCGUAGUGAGCGCCGCACCAAUGGGAAUGAAGAAUAUCCACAUCAUAAUGAACAACAGUGGUUUGGUAUGGCAGGAUCCGGACCAGAUGCCGUUGUAUGAGUUUUAUCAGAACAAGGUGUGGGGGUGUGGGCGGGGGUGGUCCCUCCUCCCCUGGAAGAAAUUCACCCUUUCCUCCGAGGGGCAGGUCUUCAGGGGAAGCUGUGACACGGAGUUUGUCCUACCCAGGAGCGUCAACUGUUUGAACAAAAUCUGUGUAAAGCCCGAGACGAUCACAAUAGAUAGAAGUGGAAUAGAAAUGAUGUUUACAAACGUGUACAAAAAUGAAACGAAAAGGUUAACACAUACGGACAAAACAAUGCAGUCGACGUGUUUUACAGGAAAUUCCAUAAUGGUUAAACUCACAACAGACCGUUCCGUUACGUUGCCUUCAACUGAUUUCCAGUUCAAGUUUGAAAUAUAUUCGGAAUGUCCUGGCGCCUCCAAAGACCUUGUGAUGAAAUCUAACGAAGAUUCUCAGGAGUUGUCCAAUAUGAACGCAUUCGAGGAAGCUGUGACAAAGAACCUGAUUCUGGGAAUCGUUACGGCAGCCUGCAUCUGUGUCGUCUUCAUCAUUAUAUUCUUUAUCACCUACUGCUACUAUAAGAACAACCCAGAUAUUGGAAGGCACCAUUACACAGAGGAAACCAAACCACUCAACAAAUGAUGAAAAGAGAAAAUUAGUGUUUAGGAAUUGUGUAACUUAAUAUCUUUAAAUUAUAUUUACAUGAGAUGUGACAAUUAAUACUUUAUGCAAUUUGUUUUCUAAUUUUGUGAGAUUAUGAAAUUAUUGAGGUUUUCUCUCCGCAAGCUGAGUAAUGUUUCUUAUGUAAUUGUGGUGUGUGAUUGAAAAUAGUUUAUAAAAUUGAAAUUUGGCCAGAAAAAAUUAUGAUGUAGAAAGUAAAUGAUAUGGAUUUUAAAAAUCAUAGUUGAAUGUAGUAUUUAACGAAAUUAAAGAAUUAUUUAAAUAUUUUAAACAGAUAUGUAGCAAUUUUUUAUGUAUACACACCAUUACUUAAUUAAUAAUUACAUAGACACCAGUUUUAAACUUCAUAAACACCAACUAUUAACAUUUGUAGUUUGUAUGUUUGAAAUGCAUCAUGGAACUUGAAUGAAAGUUUUGAAAUUGUG